CCAGCCCCGCAAACAUUCAGCCUGCAGCACGGUUCAUUGCGCGGCCUAAAACAUUUAUAAUUUACCUGUGUUUUACAUAGUUUGCUGUCAAGAAGCAUGGCGCGGUAUUUCCGGGAACAAGACAUAGAUGAGUUCCGGGACUGUUUUUAUUUGAACGCGCACUCCGGACAAAUUCGUACGCUCGAUGAGCUUACCCUGAUCAUGCGGUCACUGGGGCUAAGCCCUACAAUUACCGAGCUUAAGAAGUACUAUAAAGACAAAGGAGGCAAGAUUUCGUUUGCAGACUUCUUGGAGAUCAUGCAUGCCCAUAGUGAGAAGGAAAGCAUACCUGAUGAAAUUGUUAAAGCCUUCAGAGCCAGUGACAGAUCUGGAUCUGGUCAGAUCUCCGGGAGAGAGCUACGUCGCAUACUCCUCAACUGGGGAGAAAAGUUGUCACCACGCGAAGUGGAUGCAAUAUUUCGGGAGGCUCGCAUAUCACCCAACGGCCCCGUGCAGUACAAUGAUUUGGUGCGGGUCGUGUGUGCACCAGUGCCCGACUAUUAUUGAUCCAGUGCCGGGCCCACGACCAAUUUUCUCAGUGCACAUCAGUGCAGUUCUCUAUUAUCUUCAUAAUUUAUUUUUGUAUGGAAUGGUGAAAGCAAUAAAUAUUUUUGUAGUAGUGUGGUGCUUUU